AAGAAGUGUUUAGAAAUCCUAUUUUUGGAUUAGGCAUGGAACAUGUGAAUUUUUUUACUAAUAGAACAAAAUAGGAAUAGAAUAAUUUUCAUUAUCAUCAUAGACUAAUAUUUAUCUAUUUAUUACAUUUUUUAAAUGUAUAAUUCACUGAUGAAAUUGAGUAUAACAGCAAUUGUUCACUAUGCAUAUAGUAUCAUUUUCCUCUAUCAUGUUGAAUGCAAUGUUCCCUAUUAUAAUCAACCGCCUAUUUUAAAACAACCUCCACCUAAUCUACAUCAUCCACCAUCGUCAUCCUACAGACAAACGAAUCAAAAUGCUCAAGUUUUAUCUUAUGGUUCAGUGAAUCCAAUUGGUCCAUCCCAUUUACCAUUUAGUGAAACACAAGAUCCAGGUAUUCCGCCUGGACUAACACUUGGUGAUCCAGAUCUAUUGAAUAUAACACAACAUCGUGCUACUGGUACUGGUACUAUUGCUACUGGUACUACUGCUACUAAUACGAAUCCUAUUCAAACCAAUCAACAAUCGACAUUAUUUCAACAUGAAAUUCAAUCAAAAACAUCAAUGCGUGAUCAAAUUGUCAAUUUAAUCAUGUCCAAAUAUCGUAGUUAUGAACGUCCACCAGAUCCAGGCGGUAAUGCUACUAUAGUCACAGUGAAUAUGAAAAUAUUAGCCAUUUUUUCAAUUGAUGUACGUACAAUGGAUUAUUAUGUUGAUUUAUUAUUAAGACAAGUAUGGCGUGAUCAACGUUUGUCAUGGUAUCAAAUACCGAAAUUUGCGAAUUUCACUGAACCAUUAGUAUCACCAAAAUUAAAAGAACAAUUAUGGUUACCGGAUUUAUUUUUUCGUAAUGGUAAAGAUGGUUAUUUGCAUAAAUUAACAUUACCAAAUUAUUUAUUACGUGUACAUCCAAAUGGACAAGUAUUAUAUAGUCAAAAAAUCACUAUGAGAUUUUCAUGUCAAAUGCAUUUACAAACAUUUCCAAUGGAUAAACAACAUUGUCAUAUUAAUAUUGGUAGUUAUGGUUACACAUUGAAUGAAUUGAAAUUCAUAUGGAAUCAUGAAAAACCAGUUGAAUUAGCUGAAAAAUUACAAUUGUCUGAAUUUGAAACACCACAAAAAUUUGAUACCAAUGAUUGUUCAUCCGGUUAUUCCACAUCGACUGGACAAUAUACAUGUUUAAAUGCUACAUUUGAAUUACAACGACAAUUAGGCAGUUAUUUAGCUACAACUUAUAUACCGAAUAUUUUAAUUAUUAUGGUAUCAUGGUUAAGUUUUUGGGUGAAUGUCGACUCGGCUCCAGCACGUGUACCAUUAGGAUUAUUGAGUUUAUUGGGUAUAUUGACACAGGCGAUUAGUGUCUCAUCAACAUUACCACGUGUAUCUUAUAUUAAAGCAAUUGAUAUAUGGAUGAUUUUUUCAAUUAUAUUCGUUAUUGGUGUAUUAGUUGAAUAUGCUAUAGCAUUGACUUUAUUAAGACGUAAACAAUCGGAAACAUGGCAUGAAGAUGUGAAAGAGAUUGUACGUGAAGAAUUAACACGUUGGUGUACAAUAUGUCAACAACAACAAUUAAUUCAAUUACAACAGCAACAACAACAACAGAAUAAACAAAAUUUUUUAAAAGGACAAUUUGAAUUUCGUGAAGAGCUGGAACAAUUGUUAACUAGUCAAUUAAUUGAUGAAAAUAAAAAAAUACAUCAAUCUAAAUCAUCGAAAUGUCCACCAGGAUUAAUUGAAUCCGAAAUUGAUACUUAUAGUCGUUUCUUAUUUCCAGCAUGUUUUGUAUUAUACAAUUGUUUUUAUUGGUGUUAUUUUUUAAUUAUUGUUAAUCAAAUUUAAUUGAAGUGUUAGGUAGAUGAAGUCGUUUUAAAAAAAUUGAUCAUUGUUCAAUGUUCAAUUUGUUCAAUUUUUUUGCCGCCGUUUUUAAACGCACCAAAUUUUUUUAAAAUAUAAACAUGAAUAUAUGAGUUUCAUUGUAGGUUUAUUGUUGACAGUAUGAUGAUGAUAUAUGAUCAAUGUGAUGAUGAUUUAUGUUUACCGCCAUUUGUGACAUUGAAACAUUGAAUUUUUGCCGCCAAAAAAUGGGCAUUUAAAAUAUUUGUUUAAUGAAAAUUUGUGAACACAUCUUUUUGUGUAACACUUAUUUAAUAACAAGAAAAAUUGAACACAAAAAAGAAAAAACUACUCACAGAAUAUAAAACAAACAAAUAAAGAAUUGAACAAAUAUUGAUGCAUUUAACACGCAUUUAUAUUUCAUCAUAUUUUCAUGUUUCAAAUUCACUUUCUUAUCAGUGUCAUUGAAAGAAAAAGUACAUUUAUUAUUAU